UGUUUAUUGGAUCAUCAGUCGGAAAAAAGAGAAAUUCGGCUCAUUUUUAUCUGGUCAUUACUCGGCUAUUCUUAUUUCUGGAAAUUCCGUUUUUGCGUGACAUCCAUAACUCCGUCCCAGUCUUUUAUUGUUUAGUAUAGCUAGCCGAUAUCAUUUCAAUUCUUCUAUUGUAUGAUUUAUGAGCCCCAGAUAGCAAAAAGUGUCUUACAUUAAGAAAUGGCAAACAUGAUGAGCAAUGAGAGGAUUACUCCACUGAGCUACACGAAACCAUCAAUAGUGAAAACUCUGUACCAGAUGGCAGGGGACCUGGAUCAACUAUUCACUGAACAUCAAAUUAACUACUGGACUGAUGGUGGUACUACCCUUGGAUGUGUGAGACACAAAGGGUUAAUACCCUGGGAUGACGAUAUAGAUUUGUGCAUCUCUAAAAAUGAUGAGCAAAAAGUAUUGGCUUUGAAGCCAGUUUUAGAGACAAGGGGCUAUGAUAUAGUCAACUAUAAAAAACCUUUUGGUUACAGGAUAUAUCCAGUGGCCAAUUCGCUACCAUUACCUCCUGGGAAGGUGGGGCGUUUCCCUUUUUGUGAUAUUUUUCUGAUGGUAAAAGAAGAUGGGAAAUAUGUUCCAUGUCAUGAGAAGCCAAGGAAAAGGUGGCCAAAUGAAUACUAUCUUGAAGACGAAGUUGAAAACUUGAAGAGAAGACCAUAUGGAGACUUAUUUCUUAAUUGUCCAGGAAAUGCAGAGGAUUAUUUGGCCCGUUUUUAUGGUGGGAAUUGGUAUAGUGAAGGUGUUACGCCAGUGAUGGAUCACCAUCUGGAUAUACAUUUUGAGCCAGUAAAAUUUCAACUUCAGCAUGAACAUUAUCAACCAGCGAAGCCAUUUUCUUGAAUUAUUAUUUAUAUUGUGUCAGUAAUCAACCCUGGUAUUAAGGGAUGUAUCAAGUGACAUCAGAAACCCACAAGUGAGUUGAACAUGUUGGUUCAUCUGAUCUUGUUAACAAUCUUACAAAAAAACAGUUUUUUUAAGGUCAUGCUGGGGUUAUCAUAUUUCACAGUUAGAUUCUCAAUUGCCAGAUAAAUCAUGUAGUAUUAGCUCAAAUUGUUAUACUUUAUUUAUAUAAAAUUUGACCAGUUUUCUCCAAAGUUAGGGCUAACGCUCUAACCAUCAGCACAACUACUUGUUUUCACAGAGGAGUUCAACUUGUCUACACAUUUUAUAGCCUAACAAGGACUUUUAUUUUCAUAACUACCAUAUUAUACUGUUAGUAACUCUGGCAUUUGUACUAAAAAAGAACUUAUAAAUAUUAAAUAAUAUUAAGACUAAAAAUAAUACAAAAAAUA